AUGGCCAAAGCAAAAGGACGCGCAAAGGAUUUCCAAGACCCAGACGAGGAAUUGGCCAAAGAUUACGAUCCUGAAGCCAAUGGAAACAGCGACAAUGACAACGGAAGUGGCUUGAGCGAAGAUGAGCGCGCUGGCACCGAGCACUACGUGACGGUCGGCCGUAGUAAGCUUCGAGAGAAGGAAGGGAUUUCUCUGGGCCGUCAAUACCGAGGAUCUCGAGUUUCGCGCCAGGCUUUAGAAGAGGAGGACGAUGACGAAGAUGAGGAGGAAGACGACGAUGAUGAGGAUGCCGAUGAAGAGGCCGAAUUUGAUGACCCAGAGACAGCCGACUUAGUUGCUGAUACAGCAGAGGCCAGCGACUCGGAAAUCAGUAGCGACAAUGCCCUGGCGGAAUCUGAUGAUGAACGAUUGAACUCAUUCGUAUUCCGGGGCAGCUCAAAGCCUAAGCAGCCCAAGAGCAAGCGAGCCUCUGCGGCGGACUUUAUGUCUGCUUCUGAAGAAGAAGACGAUGAGGACGAGGACGAAGAUAUGGAUGAUGGUCUUGAUGCCUUGUUGAAUGGCAAUGGAACUUCUGACGAAGACGAGGAAGAGGAGGAGGACGAAGAAGAGGAAGAGGAAGACGACGAAGAAGAGGAAGAUGAUGACGAGGAUGAGGACGAAGAAUCAGCCAAGCGAAGCGCCAAACCUUCCCCGGCAACUCCUUCAUCGAACCAGACCGAAGUCCAGAAAGGAAUGGCUAUUCAGCAGCAGAGGAAAAUCUAUGACGGGCUACUCAACAUGCGUAUCCGACUCCAAAAGGCAAUCGUCGCGGCGAAUACCUUCCCCACCCUGGAUUCUGAUUCGAGUUCAGAGACGGAGGCUUACGAAGCUGCUGAGGAAGCUGCUAUCAAAUUACUCAACACCAUCAGCGACCUUCGAGAAAACCUGGCCCCUCCCACAGCCGCGGGCAGCAAACGCAAGCGAAUUGAGAUUGAUCUCUCUACCGAGCAAAUUUGGAAGCAGAUUCAGGAGGAUGAUCAAAGGGCCGUCAGGUUCCGAGAGGACAGGCUGGAUAAAUGGUCUCGCAAGGUGCAAAGCGUGAAUGUGACCGCACCAGCAAACAGACUUGGUGCAAAGCCCAAAACACUUAUCAGUGCCCUUCAAGACCAGCUCGCCAAUCCCGAUGAGCGGCUUGUCAAACGCACUCGAGUCCCUCGAUCUUGCGCACCAGUUCAGGCCUCAAAGAAGAUCACUGAGAGCCAGGACAUUUAUGACGAUGCCGACUUUUACCAGCUCCUUCUGAAGGAGCUUGUUGAUCAACGCACAGUAGAGUCCGCCGCAGAGCAGUCUAGCGCGGUGGCCUCGGUGAUGCUUACCGCCAACAAAGAGGCCAAGUCUCGAAAAGUGGUGGACCGAAAGGCAAGCAAGGGGCGAAAGAUGCGAUUCACAGUGCACGAGAAGCUGCAGAACUUUAUGGCGUCCGAGGACAGGAGAACCUGGGAACAGGAGGCCAUUGAUCGCUUCUUUGGAACUCUGUUUGGCCAGAAGAUGGAGCUUAAUGAGGAGGAGAGCGAGGAUGAGGAGAUGGAGGCUCUGUAUAAGGAAGACACCGGAUUACGGCUGUUCAAAUAA